UUCAGACAUUUGCUAGCUCUGUAAUUUUGUGUUGUUAUUCAAACUUUGUAGAAUAUAGCAGGGGCUCAGUAAGUGUUAGCCAACUGUUACCCACUCGGGCACAAAGCUUCCAGCACUCGCCCUUUCCCUUUUCUCUUUCUCUUCCGCUCUCUCCUUCUUCCUCCUAUUCUAAAGGGCUCCCUUGCUCCCUCUGCGGGCCGACGGCCACAGUACCAAGCCUUCUGGUUGCUAUGGGUACCGAGGUAACGCGGUAACCAAGGAGACCAAGGCGGAAGCUCUGGGCUGCUGGCUGCGGCUUGCUAGGGUGACGCCGACGUCUGGGGGCUCCAGGCCUGAAAGAUAUUCACAAGAGAACACCUUGGAUAACAGUGGCAUGUAUAAGAAUGGAUGGGAGAAAUAGACUAUCAAUAUAUAAAAGGACUUAAGUUUCUAAAAGAAGUUUUCACAAAUCACAAUAAUUUUUAAGUAAUACUAAGAAAUCAUGAACACCAAAGAUUUUGUGGUUCUUCCAUGGGGAAAACCUGGAAAUUCUGUAAAGCUAAAAUAUAAAAAUGCUCAAGAACUGAGAAUGGAGAAAGUACAACUAGAGUUGGAGAACCAAGAGAUGGAAAAAAAACUACAAGAGUUCCAAUCAACAAGGAACAAAGAAAAGGAAGAACGAGGGUCAAGUGGAUACCAUUGGAAAUCUGGACAAGUGGGCAAAUUGGGUAAUCAAUCAUACACAAUGUCACAAAAUAAAGGAAAUGUUAUUAAGUUUUCUGCUGGAAAAGUGAAAUUAAAAUUACUGAAGGAGCAGCUUCAAGGACCAGUGAAACAACCACUAAAUUAUAAAAUGGCAAAUUCUUCUGAAAGUGACAAACCCAAGAUAAAAGGGAAGGUUUGCGGGCAGUGUGAGAACAAAGCUGCUCUGUUAGUAUGCCUUGAAUGUGGAGAAGAUUAUUGUUCAGGAUGCUUUGCUAAAAUCCACCAGAAGGGGGCACUAAAACUUCAUAGAACAACUCUUUUGCAGGCAAAAUCCCAAUUAUUAUCCAAUGUAUUGGAUGCUGCCCAUCAGUUUAUAAAGGAAGUUAAUCCAGAUGAACCCAAAUGGGAGAAUUGUUCUACAAAAGAGAUUAGUAAAAGCCAGCAGAAAACCAAGUCUCCUGUUCUGCAGGGGAGCAGCUCUCAGGUAGAAGACCCAACAACAAAAAAAGAAGAAUGUGCGAAUCCAAGAGACAAGCCCUUGUGUGAAGUGCCUUUCAAUGAAGAAGCUUCUGCCCAAUCCUUUCAGAAAGUUUUAAGUCAGUGGAGAACUGGACAUCAUGAUGACAAUAAGACACAGAGCUUACAUGCAGCAAAAUCAGAUUCGUUGGAAGAAUGUGAAGUACAAACUAAUCUGAAAAUUUGGACAGAACCACUUACUAUUGAAUUUAAGGAAGAUAGUCUAUCCUACAUGGAAAAAUUAUGGCUUAAAAAACAUAGAAGAACUCCACUGGAGCAACUUCAAAACAUGCUACCAGACACCUUCAUACCUCAGUGUAAAACCACGAGUGAGGCACAAUGUUCUCAGAAUGAAAAUGAUGAAGAUAGUGAUGUUGAGGAUAUCAAGAUACAACCCCCAGCUCUUUUUCUGCCAAUAGAAGAAUUAAACAUAGAGAGACCUGAACCAUCUCUAAAAAUAGUCGAACUGGAUGAUAAGACCUAUGAAGUGGAAUUUGAAGAACCAGGAAAUGCCGUGCCUUAUAAAGUUGAGUUAGCAGAUGCAGACAGUUCACAAAGUCACACAUUUCGUGAUUAUCAGAAUGCUUUUCUGUAUGAAAAUGACAUCCAUCAACAUCAUGUAUUUACCAACAGAAAAUCUGACCUCUUCCACCUUCAUCUGAGUAACAACUCUUUUUUUUGUAAAGAUAACUCAAAAGCAGGAACUUCACACACAGAUUUUGAUAUCUUUGUGGAUCCUGACACAUACUCUCCUGCUAUUGAAAAAUUAGAGGAAAACAUUUUUUUUGAGAGAAAUUUGAAAGAGGAAAGCAUAGAUAUAGAAAGUAAUAAAAAGCAUGAAGAUUCCCACAUACCUCUUGAGAGCAAGGAUUCUUUGCCAAGUACAGAUUUAGAAAAACCCUGCAUUAAGGAGAAAUUAUCUGAAGAGGACAAGAAAUCCUUGGAAUUCAGCAACCUGCAUGAGAGGCCAAACUUUGAAGAUUCUAAAACUACAGAGUCACCACUGUUGUUACAAGAAAUAGCCCUCAGGAGUAAGCCCAUAACUGAACAAUAUCAAGGACUUGAAAGAUUCUUUGUUUUUGAUAAAAAUGAAAGACUCAACUUACUUCCUUCUCAUAGCUUAGAAUUCAGCUCCUCCAAUACUAGGAUUACAAUUGCAGGAGACAGAGAAUGGAUCCCAGAGCAUAGUGUAGGUGCAUAUGCUGAUAACACAGUUGCCUUAGGUGUUCUGAAGUUUGCCCAGAAACCGUCAGCAAGGAGAACACAGCAAAAGACUGGCCAGAUAUCACAGAGACCUUCAACAGCAAAUUUACCACUUUCCAACUCUGUGAAAAGACGUUCCAGCUGCUUUUCUUCUUCUCAUCCCCGGUCUAGAAGUGCAGUUGCUCAGUCAUUCUCUAAAGCUGCUUCUGAAAUUUCAGAAAUUGAAUAUAUUGACGAUACUGACUAUGAUGAGCCUUCCUUAGAUGACACUGAUGAUCAGCAGACCUUAGACAGUUUGGAAAAAGAAUUAAAUGAGCUGAGAAAUCUUGCAGAUCCUUCAGAAAAACUUUACAGCCUAACCUCAGAAGAGUUACCAGCCUUCAACAACCAUUUGCUGAAUAUAAGUCAGACUACCCUAGAUUUCCUUAAGACCUCAUGUGCGAGGGGUCUCUGUGGAUUUGAGGAACAAAGCUCUUCUGAAAAGGAUACUGGAAUCCAGUCUUUGCUGACAGUUUCUGAAAGCAGUACGGACGAGGAGGAAGAAGAUUUUCUUGACAAGCAACAUGUCAUUACACUCCCCUGGUCAAAGAGUACCUAGUGGUCAUUCAUUACUUUUUCCAUUUUGUACCCAGAGUAAAGCAAACCUGAUAAAAGUUAUCAAGUGAUUACCUGUCCGGGUGAUAGAGAUUUUUGAUUAUUGUCUCUGAUAUUUCAAGGUUUACAGACUAAUAAAAAUUAGUGAAAUUAUAAGUUUAAGGGCUUUUUCUUCCAAAUUGCAGAUUACAUUAGUAACAUUCAAUGAAAUUUUUAAAAUAAGUUGUAACUGUGUCUCUAAGAACUUAUCAGAAGGUAGUACUGUUGCAUGUAGGGGGACCCCUUCCAGGGACCGAAACUGGGCUCUUGUCUAACACUCGGAAA